UGUGUUUUGGAGAGUUUGAGUCAUUUCCAAACACUGUGUCAGAUAGCACUCAUAUCACGAACCAGUGAAGCACACACGAAACCAUUCAUCUUGUUAUCAUCUUCCUCGCACAGCAGCUUCCAAGAUUAAAUCUGCUUAUCAUCUUCCCAUCUUCCUCCCGUAGCAGCUUCCAAGAUGGAUUUGCAAGCAAACUCAAGAUCCUCAACUGCUAGAAGUGGAAGAAAUAAAGAGAAGCAACCAUCACACACCUGGACCCCUAUUGAAGAUGUAGCUCUAGUUGAGGCUUUGACUGAACUUUGUGUUUCUGGGGUAUGGAAGGUUGACAAUGGAUUCAAGGCAGGAUAUUUGGGACAACUAGAAAAAAUUAUAGAGCAAAAGCUACCAAAUUGUGGAUUAAAGGCGAAUCCCCACAUUGAGUCUCGUGUUAAGACACUAAAGAAACAAACACUUGCAAUCUCUGACAUGAUUGCUAACUCCAGUGGCUUCUCAUGGGACCAUGAAAAUAAAAUGGUUGUUUGUGAAAAACAAGUUUAUGACGAUUGGGUUAAGGUUCACAAGGAAGCCAAAGGACUAAGACUUAAACCAUUCAUUCAUUAUGAUAGUUUGGUGGAAGCUUUUGGGAGAGAUAGAGCCAAUGGGUUAGGAGCUGAAGGACCUGCAGAAGCUGAUGAAAAUGUGAAUAAUGAUAAUGAAUUUGUUGAUCUUGAAGGACCUGCAGAAGCUGAAAAUAUUGUUCCUACACCUGCUACUCGUACAACUUCCUCUGCUUCUAAUUCAACUCGGACUAGAAAGCGAGCAAGGGACGCUUAUGCUCAAUGCUUGGGAGACAUGGCUAGCACACUUCUCUCCUUUGUGGAUGUGACCAAGACACACUUGGAGACUAUGAAAGAAGUACUUUUGAAUGACCAUGCAGCAUCUACAAAAAGAGGUAAACUUGUCGAAGAGCUUAUGAAAAUUGAAGGUUUGAAUGAUUAUGAUGUGCUUGAGGCUGCUGCUAUAAUUAUUGGCGAUGACUCCAAAAUUGAGCUCUUGUUUAGCUUACCUGACAAUUUGAAGAGGUACAAGCUUCUGAACCAGUAG